GUCUGAGAUAAUUCCCACGCCUCUUUUGCUCUUUUUGUCAUGGUUCGGUUCAAGAAUCGAUGGCUUCUGGUAGAACUUAUUCCAGUAGGCGAGCAGCAAAGAGCAUCCAGGCUUGAUGCUAAACAGAUUUGGGCUGCUUUGAAGGAAAGUAUUCAGAAUCAUUUUGGCGACGUGGGCUGGGGUAGCGUGUCGCAUUCUUUAACUGUGAAGUAUUUUUCUCCGACGACAAAUAUAUGUAUUAUCCGUGUUGCGAGGGAUCACCAUCGUGUUGCCCGAGGAGGACUUACGUUGCUGGAUUCGAUAGAUGGAAUUCGUAUUGUUCCAUAUGUUAUAGAUAUGUCUGGUACAAUCAAGCACGCUCAGUUAUCUACCAUAGAACACAAUCGCAAAGUGAUAGCCCAAUAUCGAGCCAGAGCACAGACUUCAGCUUCUUACCAGGAUUCUUAUGACGAAUAUUUGGACGCUAGCACCAAAGAAAUUGAAUCAUUACGCGAUUGACCCACUGUACAAUUAUCCGCCAACCGCCUAUGCCGUGGGAGAAGAUUAUGUUACGACUUUAUUCUUGCAACAUCUCAUUUGUCUU